AUGGAAACCAGCCCGCGUCACGAUUCUCGGACCGUGAAAGCGAAGAAAGGUGGAGCUCCAGCCGCGACCAACCCAGGAUACGCAGCGCCGAGGACGUUCUUUUUGAAGUCCGAGAAAGAGCUAGAGAAGAGCGUGGAACAGCGAGGAAGGAGAAAUUCUCAUAGUACAGAAACAUCGGAAGAACCAACACAGAAGACACCCAUGGAGAGCGUCAUGGAGGACAGUUCGUUUGGCGUCCAGAGUCUUGAGGAGACAAUCAAUUCGACUUUCUCAUUGGACAGCAACCUCUCACGGACGGCAAGCAAUAGUACGGACUCGGUAUCUGAGACAAGCAUUGAUGACAAUGGCUUGGGUCCGGUGACAGGUCGCAAACGUAAAGCUGGCAAUCGUGUACAUCCUACGAUCAUGGCAACCGGCCAACGCAUCAUUUCUUCAGAACGGCCUCCAUGGCAGGCCUCGUCUGGCGCUUCCCCUGCUUCAGCUUUCGAGUCGCCGUUGCAACACGCUCGGUUAAGAAGAGGGUCGGCGAGCUCAUCUACCAACGUCAGCCAGCCGCUUACGCCCAUCAAACUCAGCCCGCAUCCGGAAUCAGCUUUCACGAACACCCCGCGCUCUGCUUCGCCGAAGUCAUUCAGAUUAAGCGACGAAGAUAGCAUGACCGAUGAUAACAGUAGCCAAGCCGUAAUGUCUUCGAGUGGCGACGAUGAAGAUCAGGUGGAGCGUACACCACAGCUGGUGAUGCCGAGUUUGGCUAUGCCGGCAAGAAGACCCUUCACCGAACGUGGACGACAAAUUGGCAGAUCAAAGAUCAUGAUCUUGGGUUCAAGAGGCAUUGGCAAGACAAGCCUCAUCAGCAGCAUCUGCCGGAGGUCGGAAGACAUAGUACAUGUCGAUCAGCCUGCUGCAAGCCUAACCAGCCAUUCGUCACCAAACUCUGGGACGUCUGCGUACCACUCCACUCUCAUGCUCACGGAGAUCACCGCUUCAACUCGCCCUUAUCCUUCAUGGUGGACGGGUCCUGAAAGUGUAAGGUCUUCGCAGCGGCGAAGGGGUAGCGUUGGAGAAGGUGUCCUGGAGCGAAACAUCACAUUUAUGGAUACUCCAGGACUCGAUAGCGAUGAACUGGUUCAAAAUAUGCUUAAUACCGUGAACAUUAACAUACAUCGAACGACUACAUUCGAUCCGAUCAGCAACGAUGAGUUGAUCGAAAUGCUUGGCGGCAGUGGCGGCGUUCAGAUUGAUGCGGUUCUCUAUCUUUUCGAUCCUGGAAUGUGCCACAGUGCAAACCCAGCGGCUUUCGGUCUUAGCCCACUACACCAAGAGUUUCUGCGAACGCUUUGCAGGUACACCAACUUCAUACCCCUUAUCGGCAGGUCCGAUUGUGUUUCAGCCGAGAUGCUGGUAGCCAGAAAGAAGGAAGUUAUCAGUAUGCUUAAUGUACUGAACAUCGAGCUGUACAGUACGUUCGACAUUAGCGAAGAUGGCAAAGACUUCCCACUCGCAAUAUCCUCGGCGACCAAAGACGAUGGCGACGAGGUCGAUGCGAGCGUGUUGAUGUCCUCGCAAUACGUGCAGCCCCUGGUGCCGAGUGAGCUUGACGUUUUGGUCGAUCGUUUAUUGGCUCCCGCAAACAUCGCACGGAUGAAGCAUUUGUCUGCUGUCAAGUACGCACAAUGGAGGCACGAAGGUAGCAAGGACCGUCUAGGACUGCACAAGACGCUGCUGCAAUCGCCAUUUCCCCGAUCCGUCAGCCCGGGCGUUACCAGUACUGGAAGUCUUUUGGAGGACCCCAGCAAAGUCCUCGUGCCGCACCCUCAAUCGAGCUAUCAUCGCUCCACGUCGCCGGCGAACUCUGACAUCUCUGCUCAGUCUGGUAAUGCGGUCGAAAAUUCGGCCAUUGCGCGGUACGACGAGCAAGCUCAGCCACCAGAACCUUUCCGUCGCAUUCGUCUUGCCAAGUGGGCACAAGACCUCCAGCGUAGCCUCGACAAUGAACGUCGCAAGUACCCACAGAUGUACAGCAACCGUCCUUCGGGCUGGACCUCUGAGGACAGUGAGAAAUUCGACAACCAAGCUCUGGUCUCAACCAAAGACGGGACGCGUCCAGCACGCGGCCGUCUAGGAGGCGAUCUGGGCGUAAUCGACCCCACUGAUCCUCUUGGCGUCCUGGCUUUUGGACAGAUCUUCCGACGACGUAGCGUUUUCGUUCUCCAGAUCGUCGGCGGCUGCGGCCUCAUCGGCGCCGUCGCUUAUUGGGUCGUGAAGAACUGGGUCGAUGUCCAAGAGUUCUUUGGCUUUGGACAGACGCAAGGAGGAAUGGUGACUGCUACUGCGGUCCCGGCUCCUGUUCAGAUGAAUGGAUGGUUGGAUGAAAAUCCUUUGAAGCACUUCUUUGGUUGGAGCGGGAGAUAA